UUUAUGUUUUAUAUUUCCCAUUUCCUUCACAGAAUGUUACAUUAAGAUGUCAUAGCUGUUUUUGGAGAUGUCAGGAUAUAAAGAAUAGUUUGUGUAGCAGAUGUUACCACUGGUAUUAUUGCACAGUAUUUUUGUUCUUUCUGGCUUUUUUAACCCUCCCCUCUAUAAACAAAGUUUAGGAUGUAUGCUGCCUUGUUUAUCUGCUUUGUCAUCUUGAAGUCAUAACAUCUUACAAAAAUGGAUCACUAGUGUCAUGAGUGUGAGCACACUCAACAUCGUUCAAACUGAGCCUUGCAGUGACAGAAUGAGAAUGUGCAGUAUCAGCACUAUUUGUCCCAAGAUUUCCUACUUAUAGGUCUCUGUUUCAAAUACUACCCUAAAUCAUGGCUCAGUUUGUAUUAGGAUUGUUGUUACCCUUAUUCGUAUUCAAAUCAAUUUCAAAUGCACUAGGACCUUAGUAUGGAGAGGGUGGGAGUGGUGAAGGAUUUCACAACACCCUCCCUCUUCAAGGGGUGAUAAGAAACAUGUGAAAAUGCAUGUAUUUAUGCCCUUGACUGUAUUAAUGGGAUAAUUGGCAAAAUUUGCUACUGAUGCACAAGUUUGGACGCAGCACUUGUCUUCAGGCAGCAGGAGUGGCACUGUGUCAUGGCGAAGGACUUUGACCUCAGACAGAAGCGAUAUGCUUGAAUCCAUGACAAGGAAAUGAUGGAUGUUAUUUGCCCUAUAUUGGGAUUAUGAUCAAAUUGACGAAUCAUUUAUAUGCUCUAGAUUGCACAUAUAUAAUGUGUUAAUUGAUUACUGACAAUGUGCAUGUCUUUCAUAGAGACACUUUUGGUAUAUUAAUUCAUUAAAUGGUGUGACUAUGAACUAAUGAGGCAGGAACACUGACAGAAUGGAUGUAAACACAUUAUUUUUAGCUUAAGAAAUUUUUCUCAAGUAUUUAAAGUACUAUUACAUUGAAGUAAAUCUGCCUUACUAAACACUACGAUCAUGAAGUGUUAAUCGGAAGUCAGCAGUGCUGAAAAUCCUUCCACAACAAAAAAGAAGAAAAAGGAGAUUAAUUUAAUAACACUUGGAAUAUUGCAUGAUUAAUUCAAUAACUCAGAGGCUUUUUCAUGAUCUUUUCCCAAUGAACUCCCUGGAGACCCUCUUGUUUUAAUGUGGGUUAAUUGUGUUCAUGAUACAAUCACCAUUAUCCAGCUUUUGAUCACAGUCAGGUUUGUCUGUGACCCCUGUGACCUUAAUGAGAAUAAACAACAGCAGCAGCUUUCCGUGAGCAGAUUUCCCAGAGUUCCUCAGCAUAUGGCUAGUCACUCAGAUUGAGCUAGUGGAUGUGCGUGUUUUUCUCUGCACAAAACUUCACUGCCAUAUUUAAUUGAACACUGGCAGAGGAAGCCAUGUAGUGUUCAUCAUUUUAGAGGUGUUGGGAAAUUCUGUUGAUUUACUAUCAUGCAAGGAUUACGGCACCAUAGUGCUGCAAGUCCAAGACCAAGAGUAAAAUAUGGUCUAACGGUGGGAACUGUUGGACAUCACCUGGAAAACAGGUCCCAGGAUUUAGACCCAUCAACUCCGCAGACCUACACCAGAAUUAUUCCAUCCGAUGAAUAUGAUUAUGAAUUACCAUACAAACAAGAUGACGGACAUCACAAAUCCAAGACAUCCGUAGACAAAGGAAAACGCGGGAUAAAUGGGGAUAGUCGAACUAGUGACUGGCAUCACGAAUACGACAGACUGAAAUCACAGUGUGAACGAGCCAUGAGUGAGGUACAGUCGCUUAAGAGGUCCCAAGAAGACACAAUUCGAAGGUGUGAACAGGCAAUGCGAGAGUCUGAGUCAAAUCGUCAGAGGUAUAAAGCAACAUUGGGAAAUCUCCAACAGUCCAAAGAAGAGAUUGAACAUCUUCAUUCAGAAAUCAAGAAGUUGGAAUCAGAGAAAAAGAUCUUGGAACAGGAGUUACUGAAUUACAGAAAUCUCCAAGAUGAGGACAAGCAGGAGAUGUCAGAUUUACGCAAACAGUUACGAACAGUUAUUUCUGAGAAAGGGUCCACUGAUGGAAUGGCAAGAUUGUAUGAUGAAACUUUGAAAAAAUAUGAAUUGUUAAAAGAGGACCAUGACUUGCAAAGGAAGGAAUACACAGAAAUGUUCACUAAACACAGUGACCUUAUGGCUAAAUUUGGUUUGUGUAAAGAUGAAAAUAUCAAACUUAUGAAACAGAAUGAAGCCUUAACAAGAGAAAGAGACACAUUGAUGGUGGACAGGAAUAUUCUCAAACAACAGUGUACAUCUGCAAUCCGAGAUCUUGCAAAAGUGACGCAACAGAGAGAUGAAAUGAUGAAGGACUCGAAUCAUCUACUUGCUGUGCAGAAACAGAAAUAUGAAACAGUGGUUAAAGAAAGAGAUGCUGCAAGGAAUGAAUAUAAUCUUGUGUGGGCAGAGAGGGACAGUGUUCACAAAGAAAUUAACCAACUUCAGGACAAGUUAAAUGAAGUGACACAGAAAAAUCAGGCUGUUGAAAUGGAGAAAAAGAAAACAGAUGAGGAAACUGAAAUGUUGAGGCGAGAGUUAUUGACAGCAAUACAGCAUAAAGAUGAAGCUGAGAAAGAACGUGAUGAUGCACAAAAACGGUAUGGUGAUGUUAAAUCUAAAAAUGACGAUCUCGAAAAUCAGAGAGAUGAUUUCAGAAAAGAUUAUGUAAUGGUGACACAAGAAAGAGACAUUGCACGCAAAGAGAGACACGAGGCAAUUAAAGAUCGUGAUCGGAUAUUACGGGAAACCUAUGAAAGGGAGAGAACCCAGAAGGAACAGGCAGAGGAGAUUGAUCAAGUGUCCAAAGAAACAGAGGCACUGAAAAAGAUAAUUGAGAAGUUGCAACAUGACCUGACAGAUGCCAAAACAGAAGCAGAGAAAUCAAAAAAGAACCGAGACUGGGCCCUUGGUGAGCGAGACAAGAUUGUACAGGAAAGAGAAGGGAUCCGCUCCUUGUGUGAGAGUCUGAGGCACCAAAGGGAUAGGGCUGUCAGUGACAAAGCCCAGGCACUUAGAGACUAUGACAACAUCAAAAAAGAAAAGAUGGAGGCCUGCAAGGAGCUCAAGGAAAUCAGAGAGAAAUAUGAAUCAAUUAUGGAGAAAGAGGCAAGAAAAAAUCAGCUGAAUGGAGUGGGACACAACCACAGCCGAGACUCUGCCAUUGAUGCUGAUUUGCAGGAACUGGAAACUGAGACAGUGCAGGUGGACAUUAGGGGCCUAACUCCUGAUAACCUUGGUUUUGACAUUGUGGGUGGGAAAGAUGACCCUGUGCUUCCAAAUGAUCAUGCAGUGUAUGUCAACCAUGUUGUUAAAGGAAGUGUUGCAGACGGCAAGCUCAAGAUCAGUGAUGUGGUGUUGAAGAUCAACAACAUGGAUGUCACAAAUGUUGAAAAACGAACUGUUCUCCAAUCUCUAAAGAAUUCAUCACAUGUAUCACUGCUGGUUAGGAGACGGCGUUGUGUUACACCUAGAAUAUGGCAGCCCAUUCAACUUAACUUGUCACUGGGAAAAGAUAUGGGUAUACACAUCGAGCAGGGCCUAUACAUUGCUCGUAUUGUCCCAGGGUCCACAGUAGCCAAGGAGGGCAUGUUGUCCACAGGAGACAGAAUCAUCUGUGUGAAUGGCACAUCAGUGGAGAAUUUCACUCCCACAGAACUUAUGAAGCUCCUACAGGGAUGUUCUGACCCUGUAUCUAUAGAAGUGUGGAGACAAAUGUCACCCUUCAACUCCGCAGGAUCUUCUCCCAUCCCUCUCAAUCAUAAGGAAAUAUGUCAGGAUUCCGGUACUCAACUAUCGCCAACUUUCUCGAAGAGUGAGGACAUGAAACAUCACAUGUGGGAUGGAAAUGAUGCACUAGAGAACUCAAAAAGUACCAGCAAGGUCAAGACUAGCACAUCUCAGACAGAUGACCUGAACAAUAGUCCAGGGUCAAAUGACUGGACUGUGAAAGGUUCAAAAAGUGAAAAGGAUCUGGACAACCAUAAACCUAAAAAUAGCCACAGGAUUGAAAAAGCUAUUGGGAAGUUUUUCAAGCCAAAAUCUAAACACCAUGAUCGACAUGACCAUGAUGACACCAAUAAGAGACAUAAAUCUUCCCGACCAACUUCAACAAUAAAUGGCAAUGUCGUGCUUGAAUUCAGUUUGGGAGACCCAAAAGCAAAUCAUGGAACAGUGCAGAGAAAAAAUGUUCAAAAACGUGAGUUUGACAAUGAAAACAGUGGAACAUGGCCUAAGUGUUACAAAAUGCAGCCCAUGAAACAAGGAACUGUCAUGAUGCCUUCUCCACAGAAAUACCCAGACAGACCAUCUAUUACAAACUUCAAUUUCUUCCCAAAAGGAUCUGAAAAGAUCCCCCCAACCCCUCCAGAGAGAACGGAAGCCUCACAUAAAGCGGUUAAACAGAGCCCCUGUCACAGUCCACAAGGCAGUGACUCUACAAUAAAACUCUCCAACUCCCCAAUACACUCUCCCCCAAUGAAUACCAAAUCAUCACCAUAUGUACUACACAGUAACAGUAAUUCUAGUGUACAUCCUAAUCCAGCCCCUUUUGUGUUUAACCCUGACAAUGCCAUGCCACAUAAUCAUGUUAGGCACUUACCACCAAAAACAAAGAAGCGACCCCCCUCUAGUCACCACAACCAUUAUGAUGUGCCCAAUGUCCCUCCAAGAGAGGCAUGGGAACUUAGCAGGGGGCCAAGGAAUCGGCCCCGAUCUGUGGAAAAGGACAGGGCACAUCGACACAGUGUUAACUUGUCUCCAUUCAAUUCUAGUCAGCUUCAUUCCUCAAAUGACUCCUCUGUGAGUGGGAUAGGGCUGCCAAUGGGUGAAUACCAGUCUGGACAGUCUGUGGUACGAAGUGAUUUCUCAGCAUUUAAUUCACCACCCCCAUUUCAUGAAAGGCAUCCUGUUCAUAGUAACAGAAUGCAACAUAACAGCGGCAGUUCCUUGGUUGUGAGACCCCAAGCUCAUUAUUCAGUCCAUGGCAGCCAAACAAGUGCCCCAGUUGUUGUCAGUCCAUCUAUUUCCCCAGCCUAUAACUCACCCCCCGGAUCAUUCCCAGACAUUGAACCUCGCCGAUCUCCCUUUGACUACUGUAAUUCACCUUGUCCCUCAGUCAUGAGCUCUACCAGUGAUCCUUAUAGCUACAUUCCAAGUAGAGCUUCCUCCGAAAGGACUGUGUCAGACAUUGAUGGAUCUGUCAAGCCCCCCUAUCCAAAAAAUAAUUCAAAACGGAUCUACAUACCUAAUUUCAACCCCAGCAGGAACUCAGGCUCUGUGGAAGUUGUUGCAGCAAGAACUAGUCCUACAUCACCGAGCCAUUCCGAAGAACCAGAUACUAGUACAGAGUCUCUUCAUCACAGAAGGAGAAAGCCUUUGAUGGGAGAGACAAGGAAGAUCAACAUAGAGAGGAAUUCUCAGUUUGUGGGAUUUUCCAUAGGGAGUGGUCCCCAUGGAGGGGUUUUUGUCUCCUCUGUACAAGAAGACAGUCUGGCCAUGAAGGGUGGAUUGGUCAUUGGAGAUCAACUCUUGGAGAUUUGUGGAAUAAACAUGAGAACAGCCACACAAGAUAUGGCAGCUAAAUUCCUACGACAAACAGGAAAUGCACUCAGUUUACUGGUCCAGUUCAACCCAGAUGAGUACAACAGAGCAGCUGACUCUUCAGGGGAGAGCACUGGAACAUCUCCAAUGAAUUCUCCCGAGUCUGACACAUUUAGAAGAAGCAAAAAGAUCGGCUCAAAGUCCAGCACUCACAUUAGGAUUCCUAGUUCUGACUUGCCAUCUGAACCACCCAGAUGGUUAACAAAAAGGAAAUCUUUGCCCAAUGAGAGCUUAGAUAUAUCCAUUGUUGGUCAAGCAAACUUUGGAAUAUUUGUCAAAGAGGUUCAGCCUAACAGCUGUGUUUUUGGACAUGAGGGCUUGAGGUGUGGAGAUCAAAUCCUGGAGUACAACAAUGUUGAUUUUUUAACAAUUACCCCAGAAAAGGCCUCAACAGAACUAAACAAACCUUGUGCAUUCAUCAGAAUGCAAGCACAAUAUAACCCAGCAAAAUACAGACAAUUGUGUAACCAGUUUAACAGCGAGUCAUUUUAUGUGAGGGCACACUUUGACCACAAGCCAACGGGUGAUGGUGAACUGAGCUUUAAGAAGGAUGACAUCAUGUUGAUUGAGAAUACACUCUAUGAUGGAAAGCCAGACAACUGGUUUGCCUGGCUAGUUAAUGAUGAUGGUCAUAAACUAAACUACAAAGGAAUCAUUCCAAGUCAAGACAAGCUAGAGAUGGAGUUGAGGAGAAGUUAUUCUGAGAGUUUAAGUCUCCACGACAUGGAGGAGACCCGGGGAUCCACUCGACGUAUGUCUGGAUCUGCCAGAAGUAGUUUCUUCAGGAAGAAGGCUAAACACAAGAGGAAUAACUCCAAAGACAGUCGGGAGUUCAACUCCUUCUCUGAAACCUCACUCACCAGUGACUCGGUACCACUUCUCGAAGACCUGGCAUUCAGCAAAUACACAAAGGUGGAGAGGAUGGAAUAUAAGGAUACAAGGCCUGUGAUACUGUUGGCACCACUGGCAGACUCCCUUAUCAAAAAACUAGUGGCUGAAUCUCCAGACAAGUACAGCACAGGGCAGCCUACUGUGAUGCAGACGACUAAGCAGGUGAUGGAGCAGGGCCUAGCAGAUGGUAUUUACAUUGACUACUGGUUAGAGGAGGACAAAUUCCAGUGUAUCCGAACAGCAAUCAUUAAGGAAAUUUGUGAUCAGGGGAAGCAUUGCCUGCUGAACAUCAGUCCAUCUGCCAUAGAGCGACUUCACAGAUUACAGAUCUACCCAAUUGUUGUGUUUGCCAGACACAGGUCUCACAAACAGUUAAGGGAAAUCACUGACCCCCAGUUCCAUUCCCAGAAACUCAGUGCUAAGUCUGCCAAGGAUCUGUAUGAUAAAUUCCAGAGGCUAGAAAAGGACUACCAGCACCAGUUCUCAGCUAUAAUCCAAGGUGGCAAUUUGGCAGAAAUGCAUCAGCAAGUGAAGACUGUGAUAGCAAAUGAACAGAAAAAGGCUAUCUGGGUUCCAGUGUGUCCCAGGGUGUAAAUAGGAACACCACAUAUUAUCUGGGACACAUGCUGGGUUCCAGGGUGUAAAUAGGAACACCAGGUCUUAUCUGGGACACAUGUUGUCUGAGAGUAUGGUCAGACAAUUUGAGGUUGCUGUGGAAGUUGUGAAAUCCCAGAUUCACUUAAACGUGUUGAACUUAUACAGAUGGAGUCUGUAACAUUCUAGUCUGGAUUUUUACCAAAAUAUGCUUACAAACUAUUUUGUUCGACUGUCUCAUGGGAUACAGAACGAAGAACUUGGUCAGCAGUCUGCAAGUCUUUGUUACAAUUUGUCAUUCCUGUUCCUGUUUAUAAGGAUCAUAACAGAAAUUGUCCAUUCAUUUACGUCAUGUUUACUACUGUGAUAAAAGGUGUCGACUGACACAGUUUUGGUGUUGUGACCUAGUAUCUAUAUUUAGUGGUGAAUGAGCAAAAUCAUUAGCGCAUCAUUGUUACAUUUUGCUGUGUAUCUUACAAGAUUUUUUUUAACAUAGCUUGGGAAGAUUUACUUCUUAUUUUGCUUUUUUCUUUUAUGAUUAUGUUGGCAUUGACACAAACCCACCUCGGGUUAAUGGCAACCUGCUGUAAAAAGAGUUAUUAGUCAUUAAUCAUUCCAGUCCUUGAUUGCAAGAAACAGGACAGAAAUGGACACACAUGUAAACUGUAACAUCUAGCAAUUGUUAUUCAUAUGUUCAUUUCUUUUAUGUGAAAAUUGGGUAGGGAGACAGAUUGCUAAAAGUAGGGUUUACCAUUACUAUACAACUUUCAUUCAUUUACAUUUUAUCAUGAAUUUAUACACAGUAAAACUGUUCGUAUUGUGAUCUCAGACAGCAGGCGGCUAGUGGGUCAUUUACUGAAUUGGCUUCGUUAUUUUACUUUAAAUGUUUAAUGUUGUGUGCAGUUUAUUUUGAGGCAUUGAUUACUUUAGUUGUGAAGAUCUUUAUUUUGAACAUGCAAAAUUAUCAGCAAGCAUUGUAAUUUGUAUGAGAGUGUAUGUGAUGUCGCUAAGUUUUCUUCAUAUUUCAGUCUAGAGCUAUGUGAAACUUUUAAAUGAGCAUUUUAUAUUGUAUUUAAUUUAUCAAAGUUGUGAUCUAUUUCUGAUCAGAUUUUGUUUUGUAGCCCCCUUUUCUUUUUUUUUUCUUUUUUUUUUUUUUUUACAAUAAUUUAGACAUCUUUUUAUUCAAGUUUCAGAGUUGCAUAUUUGUUUCUGGAAUCUAUUUUUAGUAGUAUGCAUUUUUUUUUAAACACUGAAAUCAACCAUCAUAGAAUAGCAAUGGGUAUAGAUUGAUAUCUGGGUACAGAAAUGGUGAUUAAUUUUAUGUACAUUUCAAAUUUCUGUUAUAGUUAAUCAGGGACAUUGCACUAGAGAAAUGAGAAAUAAAAAAUGGGAAAUACA